UUUUCAAGGAAGAAACACAGUUUUAUUUCCAAUAUGAGGUUUAGUUUUCAAACCGAUGUUUAGUGCAGUUCGAUUACUAGAAAACUAAACUCAUCAAUGGCCUAUUCGUGCCAUAACAAUGCAAUGCCUAAUUGUCCCAGGCGUUUCUCGCUUGUACCCAGCUUGUCCCCAGCGCUCCCCAGCGCACGUUUAUCGAACGCCUGGCGAGUUGUGUCAAAAUGGCGGCGGCUUCUUCGAAUCCGGAAUGGCAAACAGACGAAGAACUCCGAGAAGAUCUUGAGAAGAUGGUUCGCAGAAACUGGCGCCGGGUCGAAAUUCUAGAUUUUGUGAAGUCGAGCUACCCCAUGUAUACAUGGAGCUUGCGAACUCUUUGCCGAAGGUUGUGUCAUUUCAACAUACGGUAUACAGACUAUUCGGUUGACGUGCAGGAGGUGGUUGGAGCUGUUAAAAAGGAAAUGGAAGGACCUGGAAGGUUGCUCGGGUACAGAGCUAUGCAACUAAAGAUUCGCGAAGUGCACAAUUUGAAUGUUCCUCGUGAUGUUGUUUACGCCGCUAUGGGUGAGGUUAAUCCAGCAGGAUUAGAGGCAAGAGGAGGAGUAGGACAGCCCAAGAGACCGAAGCGAACAAAUGCCUUUGUCACUGGAGGACCCAAUUGCUGCAUGUCUCUCGAUGGUCAUGACAAACUGUGUGGCUAUCAAAACUGGAUGUUCCCAUUAGCCAUUUAUGGUGGUUUAGAUACAUAUAGUGGAAGGGUUAACUUUUUAAAAGUGUGGACAACCAAUAGCAGCCCCAAAAUUAUAGGUCGAUUUUACUUGGAGUACUUAGAGGAAUGCAGAGUUUUGCCCCAGACAUUGAGAAUUGACAGAGGAACAGAGACAGAUAUAAUGGCCGCAAUUCACUGCUUUCUUCGGGAACCUCAAGGUGAUUUAGAGGAUGUAACAGAAUCUGUACUCUAUGGUCCAUCCACACAAAACAAAAUUGAAAGGUGGUGGAAAGAGCUUCUUGAGAGAAUGGAGAGAUAUUUUAAAGUUCAAUUGAAUGCACUUCUUGAAAAUGGAGACUAUGAUCCAACGGAUGAAAAGGACAGGAAUUUGCUGGCUUAUGUAUACUUACCAGUCGUUCAAAAGGAGCUUGAUCUGUUCAGAGAGUGCAUAUGGAACAAUCAUAGAACCCGGAAACAGAAGGGAAAAGAACUGCCAGCAGGAGUUCCCGAACACAUUUAUCAGUUUCCUGAAAAAUAUGGUGGUGAAGAGUGUGGUAUUCCUGUAACAGAGGAACAGCUGUUGGAAGUAGCAGACCAAUCAGAUGUUUUUGAAGGGUCAGAUGACUAUCUGACACCAGAGAUUCGUCAUGAAUGUGAACUUCAUUUGCCAAAUAUUGACGACAUUGAACCUGCAGAUGCCAAAGAUGCUUAUUUGUUUUUAAAGUCAUCUGUUGACAAAGCUCUAUUUUCUAACUAGAUAAGGUUGUGAUAAAAGUAACAGAAUGUAAACAUCCCCUAAAAUUGUGCCAAGAUUAAAGGAAUACAGGGGCAUACACAUGUCAUGCCAAAACAAAAUCACGAUUGCCAUUUUAUUAUAUAUUAUUCUGUUGAACAUGUGCACUCUUGUUGGCAGCAUUCCUUAGUCCCUGGAAUAGAUAUGUAGAUUUUAGUUGUAGAUUUGCCUUGAUUGUUUGGUAUUAUUUUGGGUUCUUUUGUAUCAUUUCACAUUUUAUACAGGCCCCAGCAACAUGCCUGGGUAAGAGAUAAGUUUGAAAAAUACCUAUCUCAUUCCCCGGGUCACAUGAGACCUGUGGGAACCAACCGCGUAACAGCUGUAAGAAGAGACUAAAACAUGUAAGACUAUAAUAUAUGAAAUUAAUAAGUUGUAAAACAGGAACUGAUGGGAAAAUGUUUUUUUUCACUUGCUUGGUUCUGGGUGUCAGGAAUAUAAUUUUCUGAAGCUGCUAUUUCCUAGAUUUCCUGAUUGGAUUGCUUUGGUUAUUAGUUCAUUGGACAAAAAAUAUAAACAAAAUCUCAUUUAUAAUCAAACUAAUGUACCUCAAGCAGAAACACAGUGCUCAUUAAUAAAAACAUUCUUUGAAUUUUAAUUAUUUGCUUUGAAAUUUAUG